AGUACCAAGGGUUUCGUGCCCACCAUUUUGCUGUUUAACCCUUCGACCACAAAACAGUGGCUUGCUUCCCAGACAGUAUGCCUUCCAUGUGGUCAAUCCUCUCUGGUCCAAGGGCACUUGUUGCCAUUGUAACUUUUCUUUUAUGUCUAGUGAUUUCCAAUUGAAUCUUCUUACAGUUCUGCAGCAACCUCUUAAUCUCUAUGAACAGAUUCUAUAUAUAAUAUAUCUUAGAAUCUGUAGGCAAGGGACAAGAUUUCGGGUGUCAGAAGCAUUCUGGUCUACAUUUAUACGAGUAGUUUUAUGCAGGUAAACCGUCCGUGUGGGGAGGAAAAUGGCGUUAUCGUUUCUGCUUAGAGGUCCAAUUCUCCAUCGAUUCCCAUAUUGACUCCAGAUCAGUAGGCCUGCACAGGUUUUUGGCGUCAGCACAACUGAAAAUACGCAGGAGUUUGAAAUCCUGUUGACGACACCAUCACAAAGCACCCUUUUGUCUGUCACCUGGAGAAGGAAAGAUAAAUAGGCACUGUCUGCAUAUUUUUCUGUGCCCUUUUUCCCACCUACCAGGAAAAGGCAAAUUAGGCGGGGCAUGCCUGCGUAUCUCCCCUUCUCCAGUGCUUGGACUUUGGCGGGAAACCUCCGUGUCAGUAUUGAUAAAAGGAAUUGAUAAGUUUGGAGGCAUACAGUUCUGACUCUCAGAGGUAUAUGAUUCCUGUUCUCAAUUCCUUAGCAAAAAACACCGGCUGAAAUGUUGUCUGCACCUAAACACCUACAAAAAGUAUUGCUGUUUGUGUACUGUGAAGAAACGUUCGACUCGUGAAAUAAAAGAAACCGAAGCGAGUAGCCAGCAGCUAUACCAGAAGUCCCGAAAUAUUGGCCGUUGCCCCAGAGGCUGAAUCGCCAUCAGACGACAGCCAAUGGGUUCAGAGAUUGACAAACUCUAAAGUGGACAUGCAUUAUUCUCAGUGUUUUUGAAUAGGAAAUAUUGUUGUAAACACUAUGUAUAGGGAACGUUUUGUGAUUAAUAUGUGUGAUGAAAUAAUGUUAAGCCCAGUGUAGGGUUACCAUACAUUUUAGUGGGAGGUGGUUAGGAGCUGUGUUCCUAACAAACAUGGGUCGCAGAUAGGCUGUGUGUGAGUCGAAGGGUUACCAGACCCAUGUGACUAUUACUGUAAAUGAAAGGAAAGAGCAGUUUUCUCCUGUCGUACUGUAGUAUAUUUUAGCAGCAGGGAUGAGAAUUGAAGGUUUGAGGGUCAACUUUGGCGUAAUUCACCUGCCAGUGCAAUCUGCCACACCCUGCUGUGCUCAGUACUUGAGAACAAGCAGUGAUCUGUCCAUUCAUACACACAGAGCUUUAUGUCAUGAGGCAGGCAGAGGAGAGAAAUGUGCUGGGCCACUUUUAACCUUGACUCAACCCAUUAUUAGGGUCAUAUUCAGUCAGUGACUUACAAGUAUUAAAAGGACAUAAUGCCCACAAAUUGAAUUUGACAACAAGGUCUUGUUUGUUUCCCUUUCUUUGUGGUGUAAUUUAUCAGGCUUGUGGUGACUUACCUCCUCUGUUGGCUUGUCAGCCUUGAUAGGUAUGCAAGGUCCAUUCGGGCUUGGCACAGGACAGUGUGUGACAAGAUAUAAGCUAGUCUUAAUGCGCCGACUAUUAAAUAUACAUAGGUGUUGUACAGUUGCCCCAACAUUCGAAACCAGCCUGUCUUAGUGUCAGAUUUCAAGCCAUGUCCUGCAUUAUAGUUUAAACUUUUCAUAGUAAACUUAGGGCUUCUGGGGUGUAGGUGAUAGUCGGCUUUUUUAUUCUUCCAGUGCUUUUGUAGGAGAACAUAUACUGCUUAUUUGUUAGUGACAUACUCUGCUCUCAAAUGUGAAAGUCCUACUUCUCAGGCCUAUAAAGUUUAUUAUUAUAUAGCCUAUCAUAAAUUAACCAUUGGUAGACCAUUUCUUAGUCCUGUAAGAUUUAUCUAAACUUUGCUUAGACAUAGAGUUACAAGUAUAGCAGCAUGCAGUCAUUUAGGAUUUAGUUUUAAUACACCACAAACAAUAACUUUGAGCCAGCUAGUUUAACUUUGCUUCUUCCAUUUUAUAACAUCUUCACUUCCCCUGAGAACCUGAGCUUUAAGCUGGAGUGAGUGCCACAGAUUUAGUCUAGUUAGGUCAUUAUCUAAAGUCUGCAUGUAGAGAGAGCUCUUUUUACAAAGAUGUUGUUUAAAUAUAUUUCUAUUUUACAACUCUCUCUGUAAAAUAGAAAUAUGUUAUCAAGAAAACUGUGUACCACAAUACCACAGGCCCAUACUAACUGUCCUUAAUUUCUCUCCUACAGCAGUACUGCUUUGCCAGUCCUGUACUGCACUCUGUUAAGGGUGCAGCAACUCAUCCUGUGUAGGUUAUGGUGAACACAGAGAAGUGUGCAAUUGUCAGUUUGGUCAGGGUCCACUGGCUGCUUGUCUGUCUGGGGGGCCUGUGAGGGGAAUCAUAUGCAGCCCAGCUCCAACAAACCUAAACCCCCUGAGCCUUUUACCUGUUUUAAUUUGGCUUAUCAUUUUGCAACAACCACAGAUUUAAUAUUCUAUGAAUUAAUAGCAAAAUGGAAAAUUACUGCCCAAAUAUUUUAGUGUAGUCUUUUGCCUUUCCUUGUUGCUUUUUACUUUUUGACCUGAAAAGGAAGUCAAGAUCUAAAUUUAGGAAGAUUUAAUGGUAAUUAAUGCUGGAAUCUGUCUGAAUUUAGAAUGUGGCUCUGGUCUGUCUUUGCUCACAUUUCUGACCAGCAGUUGUGUACUGACAGUUGGGCUCAAUUUUGCCUGCCUCCUCCUUCCUCUUAAUAUUUGGCUGCAAAGGUAGCAUCAGAUCUGCUAUUUCUCAUUGUGCUCUGGUGACAUGUCAUUCCUAGAUUUAGCAUCAAAAUCUUGACUUCAUUUUUAUUGCUCAUUAUGAAUAAUUGGAAAUCUGGACCUCAGUUUAUUUUUGUUUAUUUUUUAAUUUUGAGGCUAAACUUCAAGAGGAUACUUUAUUUUUGAGUGCCAUAAAUCAAUGCAACACAGGUGGUAUACUAUUGUGUGUGAGUUCCAACCCUUUUCCAAAGUGUUACUAAUGGUAAAGAGAAAUUUUCUAGGCUUCUUUUCUGCCGGUUGAAGUCUGACUGCAGAAGGACCCUUGGCACUGAAAGUGGGGCAAAACGCCGGACCCCAAGCUGCAGGUCAGGUCAUACAUGGACGUCAUGAGAGAGCAGCACCUGACCAAAGAGGAGAAAGAGAUCCGUCAGCAGCUGGCAGAGAAGGCCAAAUCGGGAGACCUGAAGGCUGUGAACGGCUCUGCUGCCUCCCAAGCCACUGCUAAGCGCAAGCGCCGCUGGGACCAGACAGCUGAUCAAAACCAAACCCCCUCCAACACAACACCCAAAAAGAUGUCCAGCUGGGACCAGGCUGACGCCUCUGCAGAGACCCCAGGGCACACACCUGCACACACACCUUCCAAUAGCCGCUGGGAUGAAACCCCUGGUCGGCCUAAGGGCAGCGAGACUCCAGGAGCCACCCCCAGCACGCGCAUGUGGGACCCCACUCCCAGCCACACACCAGCUGGCGCUGCCACCCCUGGCAGAGACACACCUGGUCACGCUACACCAGGCCAUGGAGGAGCCACCGGUAGCGUUCGCAAAAACCGCUGGGACGAAACCCCUAAGACAGAGAGGGAGACCCCCGGACACGGGAGUGGCUGGGCUGAGACCCCGCGCACAGACAGAGGAGAUGAGUCGGUGGGAGAGACCCCAACUCCAGGGGCCAGUAAGAGGAAGUCUCGCUGGGAUGAAACCCCUGCCAGUCAGAUGGGAUCGUCCACACCACUGCUUACACCGGGGAAAACCCCCAUAGGAACUCCAGCCAUGAACAUGGCUACCCCAACCCCAGGUCACCUGAUGAGCAUGACCCCAGAGCAGCUGCAGGCCUGGAGGUGGGAGAGAGAAAUUGAUGAAAGGAACCGGCCACUCACAGAUGAAGAGCUUGAUGCCAUGUUUCCUGAGGGAUACAAGGUCCUGCCUCCACCAGCAGGCUACGUUCCCAUCCGCACACCAGCCCGUAAGCUGUCCGCUACCCCAACUCCUAUUGGAGGCAUGACAGGCUUCCACAUGCAGACAGAAGACCGCUCCAUGAAGCAGGUCAACGACCAGCCCUCUGGAAAUCUCCCGUUCCUCAAACCUGAUGACAUCCAGUAUUUUGACAAGCUGCUGGUGGAGGUGGAUGAGUCGACAUUGAGCCCUGAGGAGCAGAAAGAGAGGAAGAUCAUGAAGCUGCUGCUGAAGAUUAAAAAUGGAACACCACCCAUGAGGAAGGCGGCUCUGCGUCAGAUCACAGAUAAGGCUCGUGAGUUUGGAGCAGGUCCCUUGUUCAACCAGAUCCUGCCAUUGCUCAUGUCGCCCACCCUGGAGGAUCAGGAGCGCCAUCUUCUAGUUAAAGUCAUUGAUCGCAUUCUCUACAAACUGGAUGACCUGGUUCGACCAUAUGUGCACAAGAUCCUGGUGGUGAUUGAGCCCCUGCUAAUUGAUGAGGACUACUAUGCCAGAGUGGAAGGCAGAGAGAUCAUCUCCAACUUGGCCAAGGCUGCAGGUUUGGCUACCAUGAUCUCCACAAUGCGUCCAGAUAUUGACAACAUGGACGAGUACGUCAGAAACACCACAGCCAGAGCCUUCGCGGUGGUGGCCUCUGCCCUGGGCAUUCCCUCCCUCCUGCCUUUCCUCAAAGCCGUGUGUAAAAGCAAGAAGUCCUGGCAGGCUCGGCACACAGGCAUCAAGAUCGUGCAACAAAUUGCCAUCCUUAUGGGCUGUGCCAUCCUGCCCCACCUCCGCAGCUUGGUGGAGAUUAUAGAGCAUGGUCUGGUGGAUGAGCAGCAGAAGGUGAGGACCAUCAGUGCCCUGGCUAUUGCUGCUCUAGCUGAAGCUGCCACUCCAUAUGGUAUUGAGUCAUUUGAUUCAGUCCUGAAGCCCCUAUGGAAGGGUAUCAGACAGCACAGAGGAAAGGGUCUGGCUGCCUUCUUGAAGGCCAUUGGCUACCUGAUCCCCCUGAUGGACGCUGAGUACGCCAACUACUACACCAGAGAAGUUAUGCUGAUCCUCAUCAGAGAGUUCCAGUCCCCUGAUGAAGAAAUGAAAAAGAUUGUGCUCAAGGUGGUGAAGCAGUGCUGUGGCACUGAUGGUGUGGAAGCCAACUACAUCAAGACAGAGAUCCUGCCCCCCUUCUUCAAACACUUCUGGCAGCACAGGAUGGCUCUGGACCGACGCAACUACAGACAGCUGGUCGACACCACGGUGGAGCUGGCCAACAAGGUGGGAGCAGCAGAGAUCAUUUCACGCAUUGUGGAUGACCUGAAAGACGAGGCUGAGCAGUACAGGAAGAUGGUGAUGGAGACCAUUGAAAAGAUUAUGGGCAACUUGGGGGCAGCCGACAUUGACCACAAGCUGGAAGAGCAGCUUAUUGACGGUAUUCUGUACGCCUUCCAGGAACAGACAACAGAGGACUCGGUGAUGCUGAAUGGUUUUGGCACUGUGGUGAACGCCCUGGGGAAGCGUGUGAAGCCCUACCUGCCUCAGAUUUGUGGUACAGUGCUGUGGCGUCUAAACAACAAGUCUGCCAAAGUUCGACAGCAGGCUGCUGACCUCAUCUCCCGCACCGCUGUGGUCAUGAAGACCUGCCAGGAGGAGAAGCUGAUGGGUCACUUGGGUGUGGUGCUGUAUGAGUACCUGGGAGAGGAAUACCCUGAGGUGCUGGGUAGCAUCCUAGGAGCCCUGAAGGCCAUUGUUAAUGUUAUCGGUAUGCACAAGAUGACUCCCCCAAUCAAAGACUUGCUUCCUCGUUUGACACCCAUCCUGAAGAACAGACAUGAGAAGGUGCAGGAGAAUUGUAUUGACCUGGUGGGAAGGAUCGCUGACAGGGGAGCAGAGUAUGUGUCAGCCAGGGAGUGGAUGAGGAUUUGUUUUGAGCUGCUGGAGCUGCUCAAAGCUCACAAGAAGGCUAUCCGCAGAGCCACCGUCAACACAUUUGGCUACAUUGCCAAGGCCAUUGGUCCCCACGAUGUCUUGGCCACUUUGCUCAACAACCUGAAGGUCCAGGAACGUCAGAACCGUGUCUGCACCACCGUAGCCAUUGCCAUCGUGGCUGAGACCUGCUCGCCAUUCACUGUGCUGCCCGCGCUCAUGAAUGAAUAUCGUGUGCCUGAGCUGAACGUGCAGAAUGGCGUGCUAAAGUCCCUGUCCUUCCUGUUUGAGUACAUCGGAGAGAUGGGCAAGGACUACAUCUACGCCGUCACACCACUGCUGGAGGAUGCACUGAUGGACAGGGACUUGGUCCACAGACAGACGGCAAGCGCGGUCGUACAGCACAUGUCCCUGGGCGUCUACGGCUUCGGCUGCGAAGACUCCCUCAAUCACUUGCUUAACUACGUGUGGCCCAACGUGUUUGAGACGUCACCUCACGUCAUCCAGGCCGUCAUGGGUGCCCUGGAGGGGCUGAGGGUCGCCAUCGGACCCUGCCGCAUGCUGCAGUACUGCCUACAGGGCCUGUUCCACCCAGCCAGAAAGGUGAGAGAUGUCUACUGGAAGAUUUACAACUCCAUCUACAUUGGCUCCCAAGACGCCCUUAUCGCCCACUACCCACAAGUCUACAACGAUGAGAAAAACCCUUUCAUCCGCUAUGAGCUGGAGUACGUCUUGUAA